GGGGCGGAUAGUUUUGAUUUUCUCUACAUCGUGCUUAGCCAAUAAUGUAGAGGGAACUGUUGUGCACAUCUCAGCUGGCAAACAUUUAAAAGGGAGACAGUCCGGCGCUGGAGCAAUUUGUAUUAAACCCCCUGGCCCCUGUCUAUGGAGCGGUUAGUGUCCCACCCAUCCACAGCCCCACCAGUGUACAGUCGACAGCAGUAGGUGCCUAUCAGUUUGGAAGGUGCCGCAGAGGAUUGACAGAAUCACAUCGUCGCACUUGUAACAGCGGAGGCUCGCACAGAUGGCGAACUCAACGCGUAUCUUCUGCAUUAUGGUUUUCAUCAUGGGGCUGCUAUCUUUUCCCGUGGAUUCCAAAAGAAACCGAGGUUCACAAGGGGCCAUUCCUCAUCCUGACAAAAGCAACCCAAACGAAUCGGAGCAGCAACCGCAGCCUCCGCAGGCGGGCUCUGGGUCCCGGCAGAGGCAGGGCUCAUCCUCACCGGCCGACGAGGUGCUGGAAUCCAGCCAGGAAGCUUUACAUGUGACGGAGCGCCAGUAUUUAAAACGGGACUGGUGCAAGACUCAGCCCCUCAAGCAGACCAUCCACGAGGAGGGCUGCGUCAGCCGCACCAUCAUCAAUCGCUUUUGUUACGGACAGUGCAACUCCUUUUACAUCCCCAGGCACAUCCGCAGGGAGGAGGGUGCCUUCCAGUCCUGUUCUUUUUGCAAGCCGAAGCGUUUUACCACCAUGUCUUUUACUUUGAAUUGUCCGGACCAGCAGCCACCCACCAAGAAGAAACGCAUCCAGCGCGUCAAACAGUGCCGCUGUAUAUCCAUAGACCUGGACUAAAGAAAUUUGUUCGAUGCGUUUUUCAUACUCUUAUUCUUCGCAGACAGGAUUGU